UUCGCGAGAGAAGAAUGGAGCAGGAGAGAGUUAUGUACUAUAUGUGCCAGGGGGGUCCACAAAAGAGACCACAUCGACAGUAGAAGGGAGGGGAAAUAACUAAAGCAGUGGAGAGACUUUAAGUUGAUUUAUUAGAGAUCUUUCUGUUCAGCUGCAACCACUGAGAGGACAAGACAGAGAGAAGGAGGAGGGGAAAGAUAAGUGUCAAUCUGUUCAGACUUGUUUGGGAAUUUGAGGAAGGAGGGGAGAGACAGCGAGGCAGCAAGAGGGAAAAGUAAGGAGAGCUCAGGCGUAAACAUUAAGUGUUUCACAAGAGUCAAAGUAUUGAGAUACAAAUAUAGUUUUGAUUAGUUUGAGCACAUUUGUAUCGUCAACUAAACAAUGUGAGGUGUCAUUUAUUGUGUGUUGUGCAAUCCCAUGCAUUUGAGCUGAACUGGACCCAGUGGGGAGACCUCAGAUCUCCCCAGGAUACUACAUUCAGGUCCUCCAAAUCAUAAAAUGGGAACUAAAAGGCCCAGCUGCACGCCCUUUGACACUUUAACUAAACUCAACACAUCUGAACGCAAGCUUCAGCCAGGUGGAAAAAUCUCCCGCGAUCCAAGUCCAAGGCCAGCAAUGACUGCCCAGUCGGAGAGAGAGAGAGACAGAGACAGCAACCGGGAGGAAGAUAGGAGGAGGGAGCGAGAGGCCGAGAAAAUGAGGGACAAAACGAGAUACAAAGAUAUGGAUCCACGAGAUAAAUACUCUGAAAGAGACCGAGCUCCUGCACCAAGGCCAAGAGAGGGAGAAAGAGAGAGGACCGAAAGAGUGAGGAGGCAGGAAGACGACGGAAGCAAAAAUGGGAGGCCCCUGUCAAAUUUAGAGAAGGAGAGUUUGAGAGAACUAGACAGGGGGACGAAGAAAGGCGACACAUUUCCCCGGAUGAGAAAAAGCAGUCCAGGUCGCGGAAGAGGAAUGGCACCCACCGUGGAGUUGGACAAAGAGAGGGAGGAAAGAAGACGGAGAGAUGGGCCGAGAAGAGUAGAGCCAGAUGACCGGGAGAGAGAAAGAGAAAGGACACAGCAGAGAGAGAGGUACAGGGAGAGGGAAAGAGAUGAUAUCCGAAGCAGGGGAAAGGCAGAGGGAACAAACACUUUAGGAAGACCCGUCGAAGAUGAUAGAUCACGAAAGAUGAAAAGAUAUCCGGAGCCUGAUGUCGUUUUUCAAGACAGGAGAAGAGAAGGGGGUAAUUCACGGGACAGAAGAGAGAGGGAUGCUGCUAGAAAAAGGGAUAAGCUGGAGCCUAACACAGGAGAGAGGGAGGUCAGGGUGCAUUCUGCACACAGGAGAAGAGAGAGAGAAAUGCCCUCUGAUAGGGGAGAGGGAAGGAGGGACACUAGGAGUGAAGGAGACAGUGAUGAGAGAGAGCGAAAGAAGGAGAGAGUUAGGAUCAAAGACAGGCAGGAGUUGACAUAUCAACACAGCAGAAGUGAGGGGGACAACAACGGGAAGAAACAGGGGGAUAGAGAUCAAGACAGGCAAGGAUCCAAGGAAGAGGACAGGCAGAGAUACAUGGACAGAGAAGCGGAUGGAACCAGGAGGAAGGGAGGGGAAAAAGAUAGAGAGAGAUACAGAGAGGCUGACAGGAGAGUGGAGAGGGAGGGAGACAGAGGGAAAGAAAGUGUGAGAGACUUGAAGGAUGACAGGAGAGAGGAGGACAGAUACAGAGAUCGUGGCAGGGAAACAAAGGAAAGAGAGGCUGACCCGAGACGGGAUGAUGCGACAAGCAGUAGAAGUAGAUCCCAGAACGAGACGGCCCCUAGGGUGCCUCCACGAGCCCAGAGCAGCGGGGAGUGGAGCAGCGACAUGGACAGUGAUAUGAGAAAGAGGAGAGGCAGAGACAGUUAUGAGGAGUCAGGGAAAGAGAGUGACAGAGACACAGAAGACCAAAGACAUACAGGUGCUGGAAGAAGUCAAAGCAGGCAAACAAGAAGUGAGAGACAAGAGAAAGACAGGGGAGAUAUGACGGGGCAAAGAAGGCUGUGGUUAGAGCCAGAGAAGGACAAGAAUAGGAAGGACGAGUUAGAAGACAGGCAAAGGGGGAAAGAGAGGAGGAGAUAUGAAGAUGGACAUUUCGAGUCACAGGCUGAAAGAGAGGGACGGCGAGUAAAAGAGGAACCAUGUGAGAAAUACUUGCCCGAAAGCAGUAAUAGAGGAAGGAAUGAAGGGAGCAGUAGGAACAGGGGGGACACGGGGAGUGAGGGUGUUAGUGUAGAUGGAGAGGACGUGGGUGAAGUCUGGAGAGAAAGAGAUAAGAGGGGGAUGUCUGACAGUGAUGGAGGGAUAGAGGGAAGACAGCGGAGAGACGCAGAAGGAGAGAGCGUGACAGAUAACACAGGGGACAGUGACAGAGAGGAAGAGGGGGGGAGAAAUGACAGAGCCCAAAAAGAUAGUGAGACGGGGUGGAGCGGAGAGAGAGACAGAAUACAGUCAGGAGAGGACGGCUUUGUGACCUUGUCCAGCGGAGGAGACGACGAGGAUGAGAGAGAGGAAGACGAAGAAGAGGAGUUUGAGGACUGUCGGGAAUUCUUGGAAAGUUCACAUGAUGCCAUCCAGAUGCGUGAGGGGGGAGAUAAGAAGGGAUGGACAGUGGGAGAGGAGGAGGGGGUGGAUGAAGACGAGGAGAAGAAGAAGAAGAAGCAAAAGUAUGUCUUCUGUGUGAUUGGGCAAACUUUGCCCAGGUCAAACACCAGCAAGAUGUCCCCGUCACAAGAUGAUCACAUGGCAGGGGACGAAAGACACAACCCAAAUAUGGAGAGUCGCAAUGAGGCCACACAGGAUGAUGACUUGCAUCCGAGUAGAAAUGAUGAAAAAACAGUCAUCAACAACCAGCAAGCAAAGAGGAAGAGUGAGUGUGACGUGCCAGGGGAGGAAACGCCGGCCUCAGAAGACACAACCGAAGUGAAUGUCAGAUACAGAGAGACUGGAGGGGAAACAAAGAGCAAAGGAGAGCACCCAUACGCAGAAAUAGGGACCGUUAAAAAAGACUCGCAGACUGAAAAACUCCUACAAGAGUGGAGAAGCAAAAAUAAAGGGGGAGUGGAAGAAGAGCAGGAGCUAGAUUUGCAGGUGCCCAGUAAUCCCUAUGGUAAUGUUGCUUCUCAGGUGAAUCUUGAACAAAUUCAACCCAUCUUGGAAGGGAUUAACACCGGAGCAAUGAGUCCAGAAGAGGUGGAGGCCAUUCGCAUCCGAAUGAGCGGAGCAUGGAGCAUGUCCGAGGAACCCAAGCGUCAUUCCCAGGCCCCCCAUCUUAAAUGGGCUAAAAAUGUGUUGUGGGAGAUCCUGGGACACUCGGAGGAACAUACCAUUGAUGAAGCAGGACAACAAGGGGUCAACCAGCCGGAGGCAGACAACAAGAACAUGGAACAACAGGAGGAGGUUGGACAAGGGACCGCACGUGUGCCUGUUAUCCAGUUGAGUACGGACGAACAGCACUCGGAGACAGAGCAGGAGGAGGAAGGGCCGUCGGAGGAGUUGAGAGGUAUGGGGCAAGACCAAGCCGACAUGCAUGCUGACCAGUUCACAAAUAUUCAUGGUGACUUAACGGCAUACACUCAUGGUGACACAUUGUCAGACAAAGAAGGGAAGGUGGAUCCCAGUAUGGACAUAGUAACUGAGCCAUCUGAUCACAUUCAGUUAGAAAAGGCAGCAGUAGAGGUGAUCAUUAGCGAAGAGGCAGGGGAUGACGUUAUUACAGAUGAUAUGGAAAGCAGAGAUAAGGAGGAGAUGAUGUAUUUAACUGUGAGCAACACGCUGUACAAGCCUAACAGCUGCCCUAUUCUUAAUUAUGAUAGUGAAUCUGACCUCCUGGAUAUCUCCAGAGAGGGGGAAGACGGAAAGGGGGAAAUUAGGGAAAGUGAAGAAGAAAGGCAGGGAGAGGAAACUGAGGAGAGGGUUACUGUAGAGGAGGUGGGAGAGGAAGGUGAGGGGGAUAAUGGAGAGGGAGAGGCGGUGGCAAAGACCAAGAAAGUAGGGGGGGCUGGGCUGAGCAGCAGCAGUUUUCUGGCUUUGGGUCCCGAGGCUCGAUUGAGACGAAGGGGAAUCCGUAAAACCACUGAAAGAAGAGAUGACGAGAAUGGAAGGGAUCGCAGAACCAGAAUUUUCUCUACAACAGAUGAUGAGGAUGAUCGAAGCAAAAGCUGGGGAGAAAUAGAGCUGAGAAAUGUUUUGGACACAAUCGACAGACGGAAAAGGAAUUCAAAGAUUUUCAAUGCGGCCCAGUUAUACCAGCAGUACAACGAGGCGGCCCAGAACAUUGAGAUCCAGCGCCAGGCUCGCUCCGAUGGCGUCCCUCCUCCCUCCCCCCCUCCUGCCCGCAGACCCCUUCCUCCCCUACCUUCUGUCCCGCAUCCCCACUCCUUGUCCCACUCAAACUCCAUCACCAGUGUCCAAAGCUUGCCUCUCCCUGAGCCCCCGAAGAGUGAAGGCAGGCCUUCCUCCCCUCGUCUCUCCGUCUCUCUCUCUCAGUCGUCGUCUCAGUCGGCCUCUCUGUGGAGGGAGCUGCCGGGCGUCAGGAACAGCGUUGAGCUGGUGGAGCUCACAGAUGACGAGAGACGACUACAGGAGGUGAGAUUUGAAGUGGUGACCUCGGAGGCCUCAUACUGCCGGAGUUUGGACAUUGUUGUUGAACAUUUUGUCAAGUCCAAACAGUUAGGGACGCUGUUAGCCUCUCAGGAUAGGAACUGGCUCUUCUCCCGGCUCGCUGAUGUUCGGGCCAUCAGCCACAGUUUUUUAUCAAAGCUGGAGGAGCGUGUUGAAUCUGAUACCUUUCUCUUCACCGUGUGUGAUAUCAUCGCAUGGCACUGUCAGCGCUUCAAAUUGGUUUAUGUGCCCUACCUCACCAACCAGUCCUAUCAGGACGCCACCUACCAGAGACUCAUGGAGGAGAAUCCAGGGUUCAGACGGAUAGUGGAGAAAUUAGAGAGGAGUCCUGUUUGCCAGAGACUUCCUCUUCGUUCCUUCCUCGUCCUCCCCUUCCAGAGGAUCAUAAGAAUUAGGCUGCUGGUCCAGAACAUUGUGAAGAGAACAACUCCUGGUACUGCAGAGGCAACACAGGCCAUCAAAGCUUUGAAACUUCUGGAGAAGCUGAUUCAAGAGAGUAACGACAGCAUCACUCAGAUGAAAAGCAUUGAGUCUCUGGUCUCUCUCAGUGCUAAAGUGGGCUUUGAGUGCAGGACUCUUCCUCUGAUCAGUCAGUCUCGGAGGAUGGUGCGUGAAGGUCUGGUCACUGAGCUGAUGGAUUUCUCUCUAAAAGAAACGGAGAGGAAUAUUUAUGUGCACCUAUUCAAUGACUAUUUGCUGAUUUCCCUUCAAAAAGAAGGGGGAAGGUUCACAGUUAUAGACCACUCUCCCGUAUCUGACCUGCGUGCUGAGAACUGUCGUGUCAAACUGCACACCCUCCAGAAGAACCUGUUCCGGCUGCACAUGACAAACAGAGCCCUUCUGGUGCGGACAGACAAAGAGAGUGAUAAGCUACGUUGGAUAUCAGCUCUCUCCCGGCCUCAUCCUGAAAUAGACUUUUCUGCUGCAGAAGAUUUUACACAGAUGCAGUGUAUCCGGGCUAUUGUUGGCCAUCAGCCUGAUGAGCUUUCGUUGGAAAAAGCGGACAUCAUUCUAGUGCAUCAACAAAGCAGUGACCAUUGGGUAGAGGGGACCAGACUGUCCGAUCGGCAUCGUGGAUGGGUUCCAGAUUCACAUUUGGAAACCAUAACCAACUCUAAUAUCCAGCAACGCAACCUUUCAGAUGCCAUCAAACUGACAACAGCCACAGCUGCCGUUUGAACAGGACACUCGGACUGGACAAGGGGACGUCCUGGAAUAAAUCGCAAAGGAGAGGACUUUGAGUAGCUGGAAAUUAUUAUGGACACUCAGUGCUACUGAUGGGCUUUUCUGCCAUUGUAUUUUUUCUCUAAAGUGCAGCAACUGAACAGUUGUAGAAUGCAUCUCAAUAUCAUUUUGGGUCUCAUUUGAUUUACUCAGCGGAACAAGAUAUUGACUUCAAUGCACAUGCUGAGGCCUGCCUGAAAGACAUUUAGCACAUUGUAACUGUAUUGACUUUUAUCUACAGUACAGUACCAACAAGUGUGUGCGGCAAUAAAUCAAUAGACUGGUGUUUUAAGAGAAAAUGCUUAAAAAAGGAUAUCACCUUUUUUUUAAAGAGAAAAAAAGUUUGCUGUGUUUGAAAAAUCUAUUAUUAUUUGUGUAUAUUGAAGAGAACAAAGAGUUGAGUGUAUGUUGCAUUUCUGUUAAGAAAGUUGGCCUCUGCAUGAAGGUGACCUAGCAGAAAUCAUGCAAAAAUGUAUUAGACGAUUCAUAGAUGUACAGAUCUUACACGGUGAGGACAUUUCAUAAUAAUUCAUAUUGGAGGAAUAAAAUCACGUUUGGAAAAGUA